AUGGCUUCCGCUAUUUACAUUCUUGAUUCGAAAGGUGCACCGCUCAUCUUUCGAACCUACCGGGGUGAUGUUUUGCAGGACGUUCCUGCGGUAUUUCGUCGUCACGUCCUCGACGAAGACGAGUCACGUAUCACACCGGUUUUCAUCGAGGAUGGCACGACCUACGUGUUUGUUCAACACAAUAAUGUUUAUUUUCUCGCGGUGAGCAACGUCAACUCGUUUAUACUCCAACAAGUGGCCUUCCUGCGGCGUUGUAUUACCGUCUUCGAAAGUUACUUUAAGCGUGUGAAAGAGGAAACCAUCCGCGAUAACUUCGUCAUCAUUUAUGAGCUCCUAGACGAGAUGACUGACUUUGGAUUUCCACAAUAUACCGAAGGCAAGGUCCUCAAAGAUUAUAUCUACCAGAAAGGACUUAUUGCUUCACUUUUUCUGGAUGAUACACUAUCGACAAAAACUCUUCCUGCGGCGGUGACUGGCAUGAGCGGGGUCACACCGUGGCGUAUGCCGGGUAAAUAUAUGUAUAACAACAACGAAGUGCUUUUUGACGUCGUUGAGCAAAUCAGCUUGCUGGUCGGACAAAACGGCGAUAUUCUCUCUAGCAAUAUCCGAGGGUCUGUCCUAGCCAACGUACACCUUUCCGGAAUGCCGCAAUUGCACAUGGGACUUAAUGAUAAGCUGUUCUUCGAUCUAAAUGGCCGUAGAACUGCCCGAAACGCGAUAGACCUGGAAGAUUUAAAGUUCCAUGGCUGUGUAAAGCUUAACCUCUUUGAGAGCGAGCGUAUCAUUAGCUUCAUCCCUCCUGAUGGAAAGUUCGAGCUGUUUUCGUAUCGUUUAAGCAAAAAGAUGAUGCCGCCGGUAAUGGUAGUGUGCCAUGUCACUCGCUUUGGAACUUCGCGGGUGCAAAUCUCGUGUAAGGUACAUACCAUGUACCCUCAAAAAGUUGCCGCAAACUCGAUGGAAAUCUUCAUUCCCAUUCCACCUGAUGCAGAUUUACCUUUGUCAAGUUCUUCACAUGGUAUAUUUCACUAUGACGCGGGAUCGAAUUUCUUGGUGUGGAACCUACAUAACGUCUCAGGGAAAAGGGAGUUCAACUGCACAGCACAAUUUCACCUGCCAAGUGUGCGAAAUACCGAGGCUUUGGCAAAAGCGCCAAUCCAAGUUAGAUUUGAGAUCCCAUACUUUGUGCCAUCGGGGUUUCAAAUACGCUACGUAAAGGUAACAGAGAGGUCGAAUUACGAGUCCUUGGCGUGGGUACGUUAUUUAGCACGGAGCGGGGAUUAUCAGAUUCGAACAAGUUAA